GGAGACAAUGUUGGUGCUAAACUGCUCCACCAAAUUACUCAUACUGGAGAACAUGUUGAAGAGUCACUUUCCUGAAUCACUCAAGGUUUAUGGAGCAGUGAUGAACAUAAAUCGUGGAAAUCCCUUUCAAAAGGAAGUGGUAUUGGAUUCAUGGCCAGACUUUAAAGCUAUCAUCACCCGGCGGCAGAGAGAGGCCGAGACAGAUAACCUUGACCACUACACUAAUGCAUAUGCUGUAUUCUACAAAGAUGUCAGAGCUUACCAACAGCUAUUGGAAGAACACGAUGUUAUUAACUGGGACCAAGUUUUUCAAAUACAAGGGCUACAAAGUGAAUUAUAUGCUGUUUCCAAAGCCGUUGCUAAAGCAAAGAUGUUAGAUUUGGAUAUAAAGUUGGCUUCCUUCAAGGCUGUCCAUUUUUCUCCUGUUUCAUCUGUGCCAGACCACAGUUUCCUAACUGGGUCAUCCCCCAGACUGACCUACCUGAGUGUCACAGAUGCUGAUCUUCUGAACCGGACUUGGUCACGUGGUGGCAACCAGCAGUGCCUGCGGUACUUGGCCAAUCUCAUCGCCUGCUUUCCCAGCGUGUGCGUGCGUGAUGAGAAGGGAAACCCAGUGUCCUGGGGUAUCACAGAUCAGUUUGCCACUAUGUGUCAUGGCUACACCCUGCCUGACCAUCGCAGGAAAGGUUACAGCCGACUGGUGGCCCUCACGCUGGCCAGGAAGUUACAAAGCCGAGGAUUCCCCUCCCAGGGUAAUGUCCGGGAUGACAACUUGGCCUCUAUAAACCUGCUGAAGAGUGUCCAAGCUGAGUUCUUGCCUUGUCGCUUCCACAGGCUUAUUCUGACCCCUGCGGCUUUCUCUAGACAAGCUCACCUUUAGCUCGUAGAAAUUCCAAGUGUUAGCAUCAGGACAUCCAAAGCCUGUGGUGAUGCAUGGGUGG